CUUAUUCUCAUAAUAUUCGAUGUUUAAGUUGAACAGUAAUGAGCAUAUAUAAGAAGAAAUAAUAUCAAAGAUAAGUCAUCUAUAAUUAAGCGAAAGUACUUAAUAUAAAAGUAUUUUAGCUGAUGAUGACAAUUCUAAAUACGGUAGCCCCGCUUUAGAUUCGAGACUCUUGGAAGUGAUUAGAGAGCUCCCCCAUCAUUUAAAAUAAAAAUUAUACAGUUUAAUUCCUAAAACAAAUUAUCAGUUGAUUAAACAAAAUGAUGAUAGCAUUUAUUAUGGAAUAUUGGAAAAUUAAUAAAAAUAAGGGGAAGGAAUUUAAAUAUGGCCAAAAAUAGGUAAUUUAUUAGAAGGGUAAUGAAUAUAUCAAAAAUAUUUAGAUUAUGGGAAAAUGAUUAAUUAGAGGGCUAUUGCAGAAUGAAUUAUGCGAAUGGAGAUAUGUAUUAAAUAUUUAUAAAAUUAGUUUUGAAUGUUAAUUUAAAUAAGGGAAAACUAAUGGUUUCGGAAUCUUUAAAUCUUAAAAAAAAUUAGUGAAAGGUAAGAUAAUGAAAUAUGUUAUAGGACUUUGGAUUGAUAAUACAAUAUAAGGAGAAGGAUAGGAAAUUAAAAGUGAUGGAACAAAAUAUUUUGGUUAAUUCUAAAAUGGAAAAAAGGAGGGGAGAGGGAUUCUAAUAUUGAAGGAUGAAUGCAAGUCUAUAUAUAUGUAUAUAUUUUUAGAUACGAAGGUUAAUUCAAAAACAAUACAUUUCAUGGUUAAGGAACCUUUUAAUGGAAUGAUGGCUCUGUUUAUACAGGAACUUUUAUAAAUGGAUAAAUUUUAGGAUUUGGUUAGUAUAUGAAUAGUAACAGAAUUCAAAUGAUCGGUCAUGUAAUAUAGAGAUAUAAUUCAAGUUUACAGAAUUAAAAUAGCCAAGAGUAGACUAAAAGGAAAUAAAUUAGCAUCUACAAACUAUUAUUUUUGUUAAUUAGUAAAACUAAACUUUGAUGAUUGAAAAAAUUCGUACUCUCUGA